AGGAGGUGGGGCAGGCCGCGACGACGGCGGACGGAGGCCAUGGCGGGCAGAGGAGGCCGGGGCCGGCGAGCGCCGCAGGGCAAGGCGGAGGAGGCCGCGGCCGGCGGCCGGAUCUGGUGAAGGCGGAAGAGACCGGGGUGGAGGCUUCGGCGGGGGCCGCGCAGCCCGGCCGGCGGCGGGGGGCCGGGAGCAGUCCAUCGGGGGCCGCGCAGCGUGGCCGGUGGCGGAAGGCCGGCGGCGGGGGGCCGGGCGCAGCCGGCGGCGAGGGCCCGACGAGCUGCGCGGCAGGCGCCCCCCACCGUCGGGCUGAGGAAGAAGAUAAGGGAGAGAAAAAAAUAAAAAGAAAAAGAAAAAAGUGAGAGGUUGACAGGUGGGGUCCAUUGGUGGCAAGUGGGACCUUCAUUAACGGUGUUAUCAUGUCGUCCAACCCGUAUUCCCCAUUCCUUCAACCAAACAUGAAAUGAGUUCACUCCGUCCCCAAAAUCAGAAGUACAACCAAACAAUAGAUGGGUCGGCUCCAUCCCCAAAAUCCGGGUUGGAUUCAACCCAACCAAUUGAUCCCGCAACCAAACACACGGAAAGAGAUAAGAAGGAGCCAGACGCACCGCGAGCGGCUGCGUUCGACCGAAAUAUUAGAACCGCGCGGUGCAGCAUCUACUGCUAAUAUUUCUCUUUUGAGAUGGCUCCGUUCUAAAGUGUUCACAAACCAAACGCUGUAAAAGUUGGAAUGGAGCGGCUCCAUCUACCCCCAUCCCACCAACCAAACACACGAACGAAACGAACAAACCGCCCCCCUCUCCUCUUCGCCCCGCCCCACCCCACCCCACCUCACCUCAACCCCACGUCCCCACCCCGCGAGCAACCCCCGGCGAUCUCCCCAAGAAUCCCAAGAACCCACAGCGCCAUGGCUAUGGCGCUAGAGCCCUUCUUCCUUACACCGCCUCCCGCACCGCGGCACCUCGCCGAGCUCCGCAUCGAGCCCGCGCACUCCGCGGUCGCCUUCUCCGCGCCCUGCGCCGCCGACGCGGGGCGGAAGCGCCGCUGCCUCCUCCCGGCCUCCUCCGUGCGCAAGAGGAUGCUACUCGAGCUGGCCCCCUUCGACCCCGCGCCGAGCGCGCCGCCUCCCCCGCCUCCCUCGCCCACGCCGCCUCCCUCGCCGAUGGCGUCGCGCGCGGGGUCUUCAACCGCCGCCGAGUUCUCGUUCGCGCCGGGCCUCCGGCCGAUCCAGCCGACGACCGCCGCAGGCAACAUGUUCGCGUUCGCCGAGAACUCGCCAGGGAGAUCCGAGGCCAGCGGCGCGGGGAACAUGUUCGCGUUCUUGGCCGCGCCAGAGCGGCCCAACACGCCCACGGGCCCUACCUCCAGGGGCGGCUUCGUGUUCGCGGCUUCGCCUGAAGGGCCGCCGCUGACGCCGACCUCCAGGGGCUCCAACACCAGCGGCCUCUCCUUCUUGGCCUCGCCGAACCAGCCGUUGACGCCCACGGGCCCCAUUGCCAGCGGCCGCCAGCCGUCCUUGAUGCCCACCGGGAGCGCCGGCGCUUCCGUGUCCCUGCUCUCUCCGAAGCCGGCGCGCACGGGCGCCGCCGACAGCGGCGGGUUCGCAGUCGCCCCUUCGGGGCCGGCGUGGGCACCCAUAGGCUCAACAUCUUCCGCGGUGGCCAAGGAGACGACGCUCCCCACGCCGUCGUUCGUCUUCUCGGCCUCGCGGUCGCCGCCUCUGCCGCGUAGCGGGAGCAGGAAGCGGCGGCGGCCCAACCUCCGCAUCGAGACGGCCCCGCGCCGCAUGAGCCCGAGGCAAUGGGAGGAAGAGACGACGCCGACGCCGCAGCAGCUCACUCCGCCGCCACAGAAGCUCGCCAAGACGAACUCAUCCGACAACGGCGAGGCCUCCCGCUCGGGCAUCAUGUCCGGGCCGUGCUGUUUGUUCGUCACUUCGCUGGCUAAUGCGGCCAAGCAGGAAGCCAAGAAGGCCUCCAGCGAGGCAUCCCGCUCGCCGGCCGGGUCACGCUGCACGUCGCCGGCGAGGCGUUCCUCACUGGAGAAGCCGAGCAAGCCGGAGCGAGAGGUGGAAGUGUCCAGCGCGUCCUGCUCCGGGGCUGAGGUGGUGGUGCGCGUGACCUGCAAGUGCGGCAUCAACAAGGAGUUCAGCUUCGAUCACCGCCCCUGAUCAACCAGCUUCCCUAUCCACCCCCACCAUCAGUUUCGGCCUUUGUCAGAUCGGAUCGCCCCAUUUCUUUUCUGGCAAUUUACUGGAGUCUGAACUGAAUAUAGAACGAGGUUAACAGUACUAGGUUCAGAAAAUCAUGGGCCGCGUAGAAACGGUCUUCAGACUCAAAGAGCUGUAGGAAUGUUGGAUUACACUUGUCCUUAGUCUGAACUCUGAUGAAUGUUUGAUGUUUCCAAGCUUGCCGUACCAUGCUGCUUGGUUGCUUUGGAUUGAGAUGUAGUGAAUCACAAUUAUUCUGCUGAUGAUGAGUCAUCGUCGUCAUGUUCAUUUAACUGAUUGUCAGUUGUGUGAACGUCAGACUUGAUCA